GAUCGAUCUGAACCGGAAGUCAAACAUUCUAAAUAUUUCCCUCUGCUAGGAUAUAUAACACAGAAACAUUCAUGUGGACAAUUAGUGCGUUCAGUUGUGAAGAGAUACACUCUUAUCCUAGUUGAUGUUUAUCAAAUACAAUCACGAUGCAGUGGAAUCAUAUAAUGGUGAUGGCCCUUAUAGUAAUAGCAGUGAUGACAAUAGAAACAGAAGCAGUAUAUUCUUUCAAAAGAUACACUUACAAAAAGAAAGCUAAGUAUACUAAGAAAUUCAAGGCAGCCCAGAGCCGGUGUGAAGCAUCGGGACAGUGCAAUGGUUUAGAGGGACUACAAAGCACAAUCUGUCUACGGAGAUGUAUGUCAGAAGAUUGCUAUCAGGAACUAUAUGGUCAUGAUGAGCUUGAAGAAGGAGAAAUAGACGUCCAACAUUUCUUAGAGAAGAAAAUCAAAAUGGAUGAUCAACCAGGUUAGAUUAGGUGAUAUUAAGUGGAGGAGAAAAGCAACCAAUGAUGGUUCCUCAUUUCUCAAAGGCCAUGAGAAGAGGCACCACCUCAACAAUGUCCUAACAUUCAUCUGUAACACUACCCUGAGUUCACCAGCUAAUUCAGUACAUUCUGA